GACAGAAGCAAAGGAAACACCCAACUAUGCAAUUCUAAUAGACUCUGCGAGCCUGGUGAGAACAUCAAUAGCAUGCCCCCCUGCAACAAUAGAAGGAUCAAUGAGAUCAAGGUAGCUGCAACUGACUCUAACUGUAAAUUCAUGUAAAUUCAAAUUCAUCACGAUGUUUGGGUUUUUCGAGCUGGGCUGCACCAUCCAAAGGACUAGCUUGGCAUUUGAUGAGGCGUGCCAUGAUACUGAGUGACAAACACCUUAAUUUCAAGAUAUUAUUGUGUGUUUUAAGCCCGACAAGUGAGGAUAUUACCUAAUUACUAAAGUGCCAAGCGAAGCUGAAUUGCUCAAGCCAUCCCUGCGGGAGCGUGCCUGUGAUGUCGCAGGUUGUCUCCCGUGGACGGACACCGCUGAAGUCUGCCAGUGCUCCUAGCAUACAAGGCUCCACAAAGAGCACGCAGAAGACUCUGAAUUUGGGUGGCCAGCCUGGCAGUGGUCUUAGCGCAGGUGCCUGCUUACCAGAUGAUGUGAAAAACGCCACCACAGGUCUCAGUGCUGAACCACAUCCUCUGAAGCAGGCUGAGUGGGACCCAAGAGCUUUUGUUGAUGAAGAGAUGAGGCGCGAGCAACAGCAAUGGGCGGCACUUCAAAAGUACAGAGAUGGGCUUGCAAAGCAGAUAGAGGAGAAUAAGGUCAUGAGGCAAGCAAGGAGAGAUGAGCACCAUGACUUGGUAAAGACCAUCACGGCAGAGACUUUGAAGAUGCAAGUCCGGGAGAACAAAGAGAAGGAGGAGCUCUCGCAGAAACGCCGGAAGAUGCGGCAGAACCUUGAUGAGCAGAUGGCUUUGCAGGAAGAACGUGCAAAGGAAGCGCGGCUGCACGAUUUGCUCGAGGGUGCCGAGGUGAAGGCGCAAAGCAUGCAGCUCCUGUAUGAAGAAGUAGAGGCGCAGAAAAAGCGGAAAGAGGACAUGAAGAAGCGAGGGGACGAGAUGCGACAAGAAGUCGCUCGUCGAGCCAUGAAGAAGAGCGACAACAGACAGCAGGAUCGCGAGGAUAUGCUGGCAAAGAUGCGCAGUGACGACUUGCAGGAGGAAUACCGACAGGCCAUGAAGCUCGAGCGCUUACGUGCACACCAAGCAAGAUCAGAUGCUCGAGAGGCUCAUUACUUUGAGACUGCUGGCCGCGAGCUUGACCUUCGCAACUCACAGGAGGCGGAGAGGCAAGACCGCGAUGAGAGGCAGCACAAUCUUCGCUUGGACUUGCACUACUCCAGGCGAGAGGCUGCCAGGAAACAACAGCUCGACAAGGUGCUGGGUGAAAUGCGCCAGCAGCUGGGAGCUUCAGACGACCAAAGGGGCUUGGACCGAUUGCGGCAGGAGAAAGAGCGACAUGCUUUGAGCUCUGCCGCGCGCAUUGCUGCUGAGACUGAUUUGCAGAAGCAUCGGCAGAAGCGAACUGCGGAGCUGGAAAUGCAAGCUGAAUUAGCCAAGAUGAUGAUGGAGAAGCAGCAAAGAGAAAAGGAUGGACUGGAUGGACCAAAAUCCCGCAUAACAGCAUUAUGCUCUAUGGCCAUAGACCAGGCCUUUGUGGAUAUGACCAUUGCGCGAGCUAGCGGCAAAGCUGUCCCCAAGUCGGACAAACCUAUGCACCAAGUGGACGCGUCAAAGGAUUUGAGCAAGCCUUUAGGCAAGCCACGCGUCAAGCCAUGGGUUGAUAUAGCCAAAAGCCACGGCCCAGGAGGCGUUGUAGGUGUGUUCGGUGGUGAUGGCCGAGUACAUCAAAGCCUCAUGGCAACGGGCGGAGCGCGACGCAUCCUUACUGAUGCAGCAGCGCGAAAGACCUGGUCAGAAGGAAUAAGUGCAGACAAAAUGAAGGAAGGCCAAAAAGCUGCUGAACAGCGACAUCUUGCACAGCUGCACGACAAGAGCGAUAGCCUUUGAGAAUGGGAUGGUUUCCAGUGC